UCCCGGUCACAGAGCUGGAUGUGAGAGGGGGGACCGGCCGCAUCCUCACACGGAGACAGACAGACCGAGGGCUAAGAAAGUGAGCGGCGCCAGCUACACAGGGGGAACGAUACCUUAGCAUUUCACAAUAAGCUAGCACAAUGGAAUUCUACGAGUCAACAUAUUUUAUAAUCCUGGUCCCAUCUGUUGUCAUCACGGUUAUAUUUCUCUUCUUUUGGCUCUUCAUGAAGGAGACCUCUUAUGAUGAGAUCCUGGCAAAGCAGAAAAAAGACCAGAAGCUCCCACCGGCUAAGGUAGACAAGAGGAAAACCGACAAGAAAAAAAAUAAGAAGAAGGAAACCCAAAAUGGCAAUCUUCACGAAUCGGACUCUGAAACGGCUAAUCGGGAGUUUGAUUUGAUGGAUGUGCUGAAUGAGGAUGAGCAUGUAGUUCCCACUCCUGUGAUUGAAGCUGAACCGACUGUAAAUAUUCGAGAACGCAAGAAGAAGGACAAGAAGCAGCCAAAACCUGCAGCUGAGGAACCAGCGGGCAAAGAAAUCAAUGGGACAAAAACUCCCGGGAAGAAGGCUGAAACGGUUCCGGUUACUAAGCAGCCAACGCCGCCUCCCGAUGUCGCUGGAUCGAAGAAAAAGCAAGGCCAGAAGAAGCCGAAAAAUGGAAGAGAGGACUCCCCCGUUAGUCCAGAAAUCAAGACUGAACAAGUUGUUCCCACCAUCAAGAAACAAGAGAAGGAGAAUGUCGUUCCACUGGUGGAAGCAAAGACCCAGGAGAGUGUGUCCGUAAAGAAGAAAGCCGCUGGCAAAAAGCAAAAAGCAGAGAGCCCUCCAGCACUCGUAGAUGAUCCAUUCAUUCAGCCAACGGUUUUCAUCCCGCUGAUAGACAACUCGGCAGAUCCCAUUGUGGUUGAAAAGAAAGUGGAAAAGAGAGAGGCUGUCCAUGCGGAGAAACCCGAGGGGACACCGGCUCCGCAGAAAGGCGGCAACAAGAAAGUAAAGACGGUUACAGAUAAAGAGAACGCGGAGAUGAAGUUUAAGGAUUUCUUGGUGACCAUGAAGGGUAUGAUACUGAGCGAAGAAGAAGCUAUGAACGUGGUCGACAUGUUAAAAGAGAAAUCUAGAAGUGUGCAGGAGAUUAUACACAAGGCCAACAAAGGGGAUUCGGUUGCCCUUCACCAACUACAGGAGAAGGAGAAGUUACUUGUUGCUGCUAGAGACGAGGCAGUAGGUACAAAGGAGCAAUGCAAACACCUUGCCCAGGAACUUCAUGCCGAGAAGCAGAAAUCAAGCCUUAUUGAGGCUAAAGCGAGGGAAAGGAUCUCUGCCAUGGAGAAAGAACACAGCGCUUUUCAGAACAAAAUGCACAGCAGCUUUCAGGACGCUCAGCAAAUGCAGCUGAAAUUCCAGCAGGUUCGUGAUCAGUUGGAGAGCCAGCUCACUCACCUGAAACAGGAGAACGGUAUUUUAAGAGACGCUGUGAGCUCCGCCACAAACCAAAUGGAAAGCAAACAAUCCAGUGAGCUGAACAAACUUCGCCAAGAAUAUGCCAGACUCAUGAAUGAAUUGACUGAAAAGAAUAAUAAAAUGGCACAAGAGGAAAUGCAGAAAAAAUCUUCGGAUCAGUUGGCAUCCAAGCUCAAGGCUCAGUUACAAGAAAGCGAACGGAGGGUGGAGGAAGCAGAGACAUUUUUAAGAAGUAGACUGGCAGAAAGUGACGCCAUAAAGCAAGAAAUUCAGUCAAAGCUGUCAAUCAAGGAGAAUGAGAUCAAGAGUCUGCAUAGCAAGCUAACCGAUACCAUAGUGUCCAACCAGCAGCUCGAGCAGAGAGUGUUGCAACUCAUGGAAGCCGGACAGAACGAGUCUCUGCAAAUGCAUGUGCAGGAGCUACGGAACCAGAACGAGAAUCUAAAUAUUCAGAUUCAGAAAUACCACACGCAAGUACAAGCACAGUCUUCUGCAUCGGUCCUUGUAGAAGAACUACAGAAAACAAUUACAGAGAAGGACAAGGAAAUGAAACAAAUGGAAAAUUCUUUGGCCCUCGAACGUGCUAAUUUUGCAAACAGUGGAGAAGAGCUUAAGUCUAUUCAGAGAGAAAACAUAUCAUUAAAAGCAGAAUUACAGAAGUUUCAGGCGUUAAUGAAUGAACAGGUGUCUGCUGUGCAAGCCUUGGAACAAAUGCAAAAAAGUAUCAGUGGAAAAGAUGAGAAAAUCAGAACACUUGAAGAACAACUUCAGGGGGAACUUGCAAAGGUUUCCAGCAACAUAGAACAUUAUACGGCUAACAAAGAAGUACUCGGAAAGAUGGAGAUUUGCAUGCAAGAAAAGGAUGACAAGAUCAAAACUGUGGAGGAGCUUCUAGAGACCGGACUCAUCGAGAUGGCGAAUAAGGAGGAAGAAUUGAGGACGCUAAGAACUGAAAAUGCAACUUUAAGAAAGGACGUGCAAAAUCUUAAAGCUCAGCAGGCAAAUCAGAUAUCGCUCAGCUCUGUUGUGGAAGAUCUUAAAAAUGAGAUCCAUGAGAAGGAGGGGAAAAUAAAAUCAGUGGAAAAUCUUCUUCAGGCUGAGCAUCUCCGAGCAGACAGCCAGGAGAAGACAGUGCAGGUGUUGAAUGAGGAAGUUGGCGUUCUGAAGGAAGCAUUAAAAAGUAGCCAGCUUGAAAAGGCUGACCAGGUUUCCAGUAUGGCACAAAUCCAGGAGCUUCAGAAUGAAUUGAAAUGCAAGGAAGAGGCCUUAAAGGUGUCAGAAGGGAAAUCUAAUGAACGAGGAAGUGAUGUAGCAAGCAAACAAAGACAACUAGAGGAUCUACAGAGAGAGUGUAAUGUGCUUAAAGUGCAUAUCGAGGAGGUGGAAAAGAAACUGCAGCAGCAGGACUUCGUAUCGUCACAAGUACAAGAUCUGCAAACAGUAGUGCAGCAGAAGGAAGAGCAGAUUAGGAUUUUAACGAGCACCCUGUCCGACAAAGAAAAACACAUCACAGACACAUCUCAGGAAAUACAGGUUUUGUUAGCUGAACGGGAAAGUUUAAAAGCCCAUGCCUAUGAACUGCAGCAGAAACAUGAGCAGCAAACUCAGCAGGUACACUCUGCAGUCCCCAGUGAAGAGCUGUUGAAAGCACUUUCAGACAAAGACCGAUGUCUUACAGAUCUUCAGGGUGAAGUUGAAUCUUUGAAAUCUUCUCUGGAUCAGCAAAGGAAGAAAAAUAAUGACCUUCGGGAGAAAAACUGGAAAGCUAUGGAAGCAUUGGCCUCAACUGAAAAAAUGCUACAAGAGAGAUUGAACAAGACAGCCAAGGACAAACAGCAUCAAGUACACGAAGCGGAGGCAGAGGCUCGAGCGAUCCUUAAGAAUCUGUUUCCCAACGUGUCUGUUUCUGCAAGUUUGUGUCAUGGUGAAUGGGUCCAGGAAUUUGAAAAGUUGGCAAAAGUUUUCUUAAAUGAAAGUGUUGGAGCAGAGAAAGUAAAGGCAAUGGAGCAGAAGCUGAAAGAGGCAGAAGACAUCCAUUCGCUGUUGCAGAUAGAGUGCGAAAAGUACAAAUCUGUGCUGGCCGAAACGGAGGGCAUCCUGCAGAGGCUGCAGCGCAGUGUGGAAGAGGAGGAGUGUAGAUGGAAGAUUAAAGUUGAAGAAUCUCAGAAGGAACUGAAAGAGGUGCAUUCUACAGUCCAUUCGUUGGAACAAGAGCUGGCGCUAUUGAGCAGUCAGGAGAAGCAGUCACAAAACCUUCUAAAAGAGAGGGAACAUUUGGAGACAGAACUAGAGAAAGCCGAGGUUGAAAGAGCAACUUAUGUUUCGGAAGUUAGAGAGCUCAAAGAACUGUUGACUGAAUUGCAGCGAAAGCUUGAUGGUUCUUAUUCAGAAGCAAUAAGGCAGAAUGAAGAACUGACCUUGUUGAAGUCUCAGCUGAGCGAAACGUUGCGGAAACUGGAAGGCGAGCAGAACGAGAGGCAGAAAGUAGCGAAGGACUUGCAUGAGGCUCAGAAAUCACUGGACCUCAUUCAACUGGAAAUUCUGAAAUCUGCAGGUGAACCGAACGUCAUUGAGAACGCGGAUAUCUCUUCUGAAACGGACGGUCAGGAAAGAACAGAGAAAGUGUUGCCAAAUUUAAGUCAGUCAGUAACACAACUACAGCAGUGUCUACAGGCGGUAAACCAGCAACUCACAAAGGGAGGAGAACACUAUCAAGUAAUAGGAUGAAGUCACCGUGCGAUCGUUCAAAUGAAGAAAUUGCAGAAGGCAUUGUAUUAUAUUUUGCCAAAGUAAAAGCCUUAUUUAUGUGUUCACCCUUUCUACUUUGUCAGAAACACUGAGCAGAGCUACAUUUUGUCGUCUUCUUGUUAAACUACUGAUUUAAGGCAGGAAAAUCCUCUCCGCAUACAGUUUAGUUUUAUAGUAAAAAAUAUAUAUAUAAAAAAAAUCUGUUUGGGUAUUUAGAUCUUUACAUUCCUGAAGAGACAGACAAAAAGCGUAACCUCUUAUCCUAUUUUGCUCAAUACAGAUUUAUUCAGAAAAAUGAACUAUGGUAAAGAUAUUGUAAAAAAAAAAAAAAGUAUCCUUUUAUUACAGACGAUGCACACUGUUUUAAGUAAAGGUUUGGAUGCCAGGAAGACGAUAUAUUUACAUGGAGUCUCUCUGGUAUUCAGGGUAAAUACACUGUGGGAGCAGAUACCUGCAACUUCAACCUCAGCAUUUUUUUUUUUUUUCUUUUUCCCUUUUUUUUCCAUUUUUUUUUUUUCCGGUUGCUAAUUAAAUCUGUUUUUAUAAUGGUGUAAGCCAAAAAGGGAUGCUUAUUAUAUAGACGGCUUCUUUAUAAGCACCAUUAUUGAUGCGGGGUUUACUGUUUUUAAUAACUGUACAAGCUCUGACUAUUAAAUAAAAAAAAAUCUACCACUUUGUCUCAUAGAA